UUACACCCAGGUUAAAGUAGUAAAGUUUUCCUACAUGUGGACUAUUAAUAACUUCAGUUUUUGUCGAGAGGAGAUGGGUGAAGUGUUUAAAAAGUUCAACAUUUUUAUCUGGCCCAAGUGACAAAAUGAAAUGUCAGCUGCCCCAAAAGUGAAGUUCGAGCAAAAUUCAAAUUUUCCCUUCUGAACGCUAAAAGGGAAGAAACAAAAGCAAUGGAAAGCCAAAGAGCAUAUCGAUUUGUGCAAGGGAAGGACUGGGGAUUUAAAAAAUUCAUUAGAAGGGAUUUGUUGCUUGAUGAAGCUAAUGGUCUUUGACCAGAUGACAAGCUAACAUUAUUUUGUGAGGUGAGUGUGGUUCAAGAUUCAGAAAACAUAUCAGGACAUAUGAAUACAAAUACUUUGAAGGUGCCUGAAUGUCGACUAGCAGAAGAUUUAGGUAAUCUCUGGGAAAACACAAGAUAUACAGAUUGCAGUUUUUUUUGUGAGAGGACAAGAAUUUAAAGCUCAUAAAUCUGUGCUUGCAGCUCGAUCCCCAGUUUUUAAUGCAAUGUUUGAACAUGAAAUGGAAGAAAGCAAAAAGAAUCAAGUGGAAAUAAAUGAUUUGGACCCUGAGGUUUUUAAAGAAAUGAUGAGAUUCGUUUACAGAGGGAAAGCACCAAAUCUUGAUAAAAUGGCUGACAACUUGUUGGCAGCUGCAGAAAAAUAUGCACUGGAAUGGCUGAAGGUCAUAUGUGAAGAAGCUUUGUGUAGUAACCUCUCAGUAGAAAAUGUUGCUGAUACCCUUGUCCUUGCAGAUUUGCACAGUGCAGAACAGUUGAAAGCACAAGCCAUAGACUUCAUUAAUAGGUGCAGUGUACUUCGACAACUUGGGUGUAAAGAUGGGAAAAACUGGAACAGCAACCAAGCAACCGACAUAAUGGAAACAUCAGGGUGGAAGUCCAUGAUUCAGUCUCACCCUCACUUAGUAGCAGAAGCCUUCCAAGCAUUAGUAUCUGCACAGCGUCCACAGUUUGGCAUUCCACGCAAACGGCUAAAGCAGUCCUGAAAUCUUCCAUGAACAGUAGAAAACAAAGGAAUUGACUUUUACUCCUCCAGGUCCAGAAGGAUUCUAAUACACAAACCAUAAGCAAGAGUUGUUUCUGUUUUCUUGUCCACAGAACAGAAGCUGAAAAAGCAUAUUGCUUGCAUUUCAGGUGGAUAAUUUAUGGUUUAUACUUCAGCUUUAAAUUAGACUGAUUACUUCACUUUAAGGCCUUAAAUUAUCUUCAAUGACUUCUCUUGUUCAUAUAAUAACUUUAAUUUUUUUUAUUGUGCCUUGUCAUUUUGACCAAGGCUUUGCAGGAUUGCACUAGCUCCAUAAUGCAGUAAUAUUGAUAACUGAAGAUAUUAAGUUUCAAAAGGAUCUUCCAUUAUUUUGGGGAAAAGAAAAUGAAUUUUAUAGGGUUUGUCCUAUGCUAUCUCAAAGUUUAAAACUAGGUCCUGUCAGGGUCUUAAGCCCCCGUGCCCUUCUCAACCAGCAGCAAGGGAAGGGGACACUCCCCAACAAGGUCAGAUCAGGAUAGGUAAGGCCGACAGACUGCCCGCU